AUGACGUCCGGUACUGUCUCCUCGCUUGUUCUCCUGCUUUUGAGCUGUACACAGGUGUUGGCUCAAAACGCAAACACACAGCAGGUGUCUUUUAACCAAGUCCUUAAUGUCAAUGGCGAUAUGAAACUCAACUCUUUCCAAUUUCCUGACCGCUCAAAGGUUGAGACAUUCUCCCAGAAGCAACAGCAGAUAAUUGUUAAUCAACAAACACCCGCCAUCCCCGCGAACCAAGUCACGGGAACUACUGGUCAACCCUUCGUCGCUGUCUCGCCGCAAUCGAUGACUAUCAGCACGAACGGCGCUACAGAUCUCGUUGGUGGCCAAAUCGAGAUGGCCAUGACGAUGCAGAACUUGCAGGCAGUUGCUGUUCAACCCGACAACACAUACGUUGCUAUGCUGUCGCCUGACCGUCAAUCCUGGAUGAUUCAGGAGACUAUGAGGAGUGUCAACACUACUGAUAUGACGGUCCGCAUGGUCAAGCGCACUCAGAUGGACGGCGAGUACAUGGUUGUUGGUCGUCAGACCGUUGAGACCAACACUCUGGUCACUCCUUUCGGUAGUGACGGCAGCACAUCCGUCGCUAUUCAAGGUACUGGUCUACAAGAGAACGAGUUCCAGGAUGGUUUCAGGAUGUCGACUCGCGCUACUCAGCCCAUGACUAUGAACGUCGACGUUAAGGAUGGCGUCGACUCGAGCAUGUUGGCUGCUCUCCAGGGCCAGGCCCCAGUCAACGACUACCGUUACUCAGUUGUCUCCAACCUGGCUGCUGUCACCCCUGAUCUAAACCAGCAAGUCACUGUUGUCCAGAUGCCCAUCAAUGCUAUCCGUAUCCAGAAGAUGAUGCAAGCCAUGGGUGUGUCCCCCACCGGCCAAGUCGCUAUUGCCGUCGCUCAGCGUGGUGUUCUCCAGAACCCUGGAGGCGCAACAGGAAACCUUGGUGGAGCCGCUACCCAACGUCGUGGUCUUAGCCGUGGAGAAUUCAGACGCCAGAUCCAGCAGGGCCAGCAGCAAGGCACACCUACCAAUGGAAACAACCCCGUGGCGACUCAGCUCCUUCUUGCACCUACCUUUACCCCCAUUCAAGCUAACGCCGUUCUUGACCAGACCAACAUGCGCAUUGCUGUUCCUGUCCGCCAGAUUGAUGGAGAGUACAUCCUCACUAUGCAAGUCAUGGGCGGUGCACAACCCGCACAAGCCGCUCAGCCUGCACAGCCUGCUCAACCUGCUCAACCAGCCGCUGGUGAGGGUCAAACACCCACUGCUGCUGAGCCCGCCGCCCAAUCUAGCUUGACACCCACUGGUGAAGCACCUGCAUCGAGCGCCAGUGCAGCGGCCGAAGGCGAGAAGCCAGCGGCCGAGGGUGAAAAGAGACCUACCAUGGAAGGUUCUGCCGCUAACAGCACCGAGACCGCCAAACCCGAGCGCCGCCAGGAGAACAAGGACUCAGGCAAGGACAAGUAUGGCCUCGACAAGGCGCCUCAAGGAGCUGUCAUUAUGACUAUGAAGGAGAUCGACACCAUGGCUAACAUGGUCACAUGGGGUGGUCAAGUCGCCAUUACUAAGAUGAUGAGCGAGUACGUCAAGGAGCAGACUGGCAAAGACAUGGCACCUAUUAACAACGGUACUGAGACUGCCGAGGCUGGUGCCAAGAUUGUCGUCUAA